AACUCUUACAGUGUGGAAGCAGGCCAUUCAGCCCAAAUUCAUACCAACCCUCUGAAGAGCACUCUGUACCCUAUCGCUGUAACCCUGCAUUCCCAUGGCCAGUCCACCUAACCUGCACAUCUUUGGACUGUGGAAGAAAACUGGAGCUCCCGGUGAAAACCUGGACAGGCCCGGGGAGAAUGUGUAAACCCCACACAGAGCAUGGACAGAGGCUGGAAUUGAAACCGGGUCCCUGGCACUAUGAGGCAGCACUGCUAACCACCCUGCUGUCCCCAACUGGGAAACGUUAUUCCAGUUUUACUCAUUGCAUCCUUUUAUAAUUCGACUUCCAGUAUUCGGAGAUUUUUGAUUUUCUAAAUUGUUUGCUUGCAUUUGUCAUUACAAUUUUAAAACAUUGUAGGUGUCUGUUGACUGGAAAGUGGUCUGGAACUGAAUUUGUGUAAUGUUAGCAAGCAACAUUUCUGUUAUGGUGAAUGCUGGUUUCUCAGUGGGUAAAAAGAAAUUGGCUUCUUGAAAAAGGAAAACAAAUAACGUGUAGGUUUAGAAUGAUGUGACCAAAAGAUCUCUGAAUAAACAUACAAUUUAGUACCCAGAUUUGUUUCUGUAGUUUCAACUGCUCUAAUGGAGUGUUUGAAGAUGAUACAAGUGUAAGAUGCUGUCUCAAUUGAUAGUUAUGGGUUUCUCUGGAUUUUUAAACUCCUUACCUCAAUUUUUUUUUAGUAAAAGAGAAUAGCAAAUGCUGAUGGAGACAGGAAACGCAUGGGAUUUUAAGCUUAUAGUUAAUGUAAGCUAGUUUAAAGAAGUGCAACAAAUAAUUGAAUAAGAGGGGGAAAAAAAAUCACAUUCCAAUUACAAGAUAUUUUCACCUUCACUCAGUGGUACCAUUCUCAACUCUAAUAAAAAUGCAGGUGCAAGAUCACCUACAAUAUGAAAGUGUCUCAUGAUGGGACCUGUCCAAAUGUAAGUUUUCUUUCUGUUGAUCUUUUUGGGCCCAUAUUAUUUAUCUUGCGUUUGCUCAAGAACACUGGAUAAAAUGUGAAGUCUGAUUGAUGUAUUGCAGGUUUGAAGAAUCAUUGUAGCUAUGUCUUUUUUUUUGGUGCUACUGGAGAUUUAAUAUCCACUGCUGUGUCAGACAAGAGUUUGAAAAAUUCCUAUGCUGUCAUUCCCAGCUUUCUGCAUGGUGUUGAACAAAACAAGAUUUUCAGAUCAGUGAUCAACCAUUUGUGUGUAGGCAAUGGAAAGCCUGCCCUUUUGUGUCAAACGAUCUGCAUGUUUAAUAAAUCCCAUCCAUUUUAUCAAUCAUAGAAACCUGCUGGAGAUCUUUACUGACUUGAAGAUAGCAACUGUGCUAAAAUGGGCAGUGCCUUUAAGAACCUGGCAAAGUUCUCUGAGGAAUCUGUGCCAUUACUCGCAUCAGCCAUCUAUUAGACGAAGUUAGAUAGUGAAACCGCUUUCUACAGAGCCAACAAAGGCUAUCUACUAACCACUGAAGACUUACUUUAUCCUGCUCUUGCCAGUUUUGAACUAGACUCUCUCUUGUGCCAGAAUGUCAUUGGGUAGAGCCCAACAGGAUCAUGGUCGUGGCAUGAAGAAAGAUGGUCAUAAUAUUGGAUUCUUUCCUGCAGCGCAGUCUGCAAAUGUCCAUGUGAAUCUUGGGAGAAUGAACCAGGGUGCACGAAUGGGUGGCUAUAUGAAUUUUGGACAGGGUCAGGCAGUGAACAUGCAAGGUGUGGGACAAGGACAUCAAAGUAUGUCUUCAGGUGGAGGGCCCUCUCGCUUCAGCAGUGCUUUGCCUUCCUUGUUUGAUGUAGGCAGUCGCAAUCAAACAUCAGUUGCCGUUCAAAAACAGAUUGAUGCAGACAGGGCCAGUAAUAUUUUAGCUACCUUUGGCCUUUCAUCCAGGGACUUGGAUGAACUGAGCCGCUAUCCUGAAGACAAACUUACUCCUGAAUCCUUGCCAGACAUUCUUAUGCAACUUAAAAGAAAAAGAAAUGAUGAAGGAACGUCUUUGAAUUACGGCAGAGGUGACAGUUCUCCUCGGGAUGAUCGUUCUUUCAGAACCUCCCGCAAUGAAUGGGAGGAAGAGAGGCGCUUUCGAAGUAAUUUUGAAGGUCGUGAUCCUGACGCUGAUCCAGUGGUCAAUUAUGACCAUGGUUCUUCUCGAGAGUCGAGUUCUAGAUAUUAUGACAGGAAGGACUAUGAUACUGAACGAUUGAGAGGUGAUGACUUCCGUAGAGAUGAUAUGCGUAUGUCUGAGUCAAUAUAUGAUUCCGAUUAUGGAAAAAUGGGGCCCUCUCCUUCACGUGGGCAAGAAAGGCCUCUUUUUGAGAGAAAGCGAGGAUCUCCUUCACUGAGCAACAUAAACGAUUACCAUGGUUUCUUGCCAACAAUGUUCCCUCAUUUGUGUUCGCUGUGUGAUGUAACUGUUCAUUCUGUGAAGGAUUGGAACCAGCAUAAGAACGAACCAGCACAUAAACGGCGUUGCUUGCUGCUUUUGGAAAUCUACCCACAAUGGGUUCCAGAAGAUGUACCAUCGACAAGGAGCAAUCCAUCUGCACAGCAGACCAAUAUUGCACCGGAUGCUGCUUCUGCACUCCUUGCAGCUAUCAGACAGCUGGAUGCAAUGGACCCUCAUGGAGGAAACCGCAAAGGUGAUAUGCAGAACAAACGAAACUUGCAAAUGGAUGAACCUGGUCGAGUGCUUCACAUAACAGAAUUACCAAAAGGAAAAUGCAAAGUGAAAGAUAUCCUACAACUUGCGCAACCUUUUGGAAUCAUUACAAAAUACUUGCUUUUAAAUACUAAGAGCGAGGGAUUUGUGGAAAUGGCUACAAAUGGCCAAGCACAAACAGCAGUUGCAUUUUACAGUAUGAAGCCAGCAAUCCUUUAUGGUAAAAGGGUUCGAGUGGGCAUGUCUCACAAAUACAAGGAAAUAGAUUUGAAGAAGCAAAAGCAAGAAAGGAGUGGUGGCAGGGUGGCACUCCUCCAGAACCUCCCUCCUUCUGGUUACUCGGAUGCCGAUAUUGUGAAAAUUGGUACUAGCUUUGGGAAAGUGCUUAAUUACAUUGUGAUGAGACUCCGGAAUCAGGCAUUUCUGGAAAUGGAGUCAAAGAAAUGUAUGGUAGACAUGGUUAAACAUUACAAGAAAACACCUUUAAUAUUUCAUGGCCGAAAAGUAACUGUGGAUGCAUCUCAGAAAUAUAAGACACUUGUAUUAAAGAAACCAAGCAUCAAGGUUCAAGAACUGUUGAAAGAACAGGAUGAAGCAGACAGACGGCAGCGUUCCCGGAGCCCUUCCUCUAAGAAAAAGUUACCUAGCAAAUCCAAGAACCCUCCAAAAUCUGAUGGAGAAAAGGGAGAGCAAAGAGCCUCUGAAAGUUCUCCUUCAAAAGAAGUUGGGAAAGAGAAUUCCAAGGGAGAAAACAAACCAGAAAUAAAAUCUGAAGAGAAAGACGAAGUUUUAGAAGAAGCUGUCGCAGCUAUUGAGAGUGAAUCAGAGCUUAUUGAAGAAGGUUUGGUUGAGGAUUUGGGAAGUGGAGAGUCAGACAAUGAAGAAGCUGACCAAGAGGAUUUACUGAAGGAAACGGAGCAAGAAGUGGAAGGAGCAGACUCUAUGCAACCAGAUACCAAAACAGAGAAGGAGACAAAUGUACAAAACACAGCAGAAACAACUAAGGCACCAAUUAUUCGAAGGAGUAAAAGACACCAACAAGCAGCAUCCCAGGAGUUGAAAGAAGAGUGCUUUCCUGAAAACAUUGAUGAGUUUGUGACUGUUGAUGAAGUUGGUGAUGUAGAAGCUGGAAAUCUGGAUCUUGAAGAUCUGAUGUCUUGUGAAGACAACAGUAAUAAAUUGGAAACUGAUGAUGCUGAUACAAGCAUCCAAACAGAGAAAUCAGAGGACACCGGUGAACAAAAAGAUGAGGAUGUGAACAAAGCUAAAAGAAAACGUGGUCGUAAGAGGGGAAAGAAUGUUAAAACUAAAAAGGCAGAACAAGGUGACAAAAAAGAUAGUGGUGAAGAAACAGAAAUGAAGCAAGUUGGAGAUGAAACAACUGAAAAUAAGCUUGAUGGUGAUGAAAGGAAUGACGUGCAGGAAGAGACAGCAUCAUCUUGUGUGGAGCCAGAAAGCAAGCGUGCUCGAUCACGAUCCCCUACACCAGAUGAGUACAGGCUUGGACCAUAUCAGCCCAACAAUCCUGUAGGGCUAGAUUAUGUGGUUCCAAAGACUGGCUAUUACUGCACUCUCUGCUGUCUGUUUUACACAAAGGAAGAAGUGGCAAAGAAAACACAUUGCAGCAGCCUGCCUCAUUAUCAGAAACUAAAGAAAAUGUUGGCUAAGCAAGCCGAAGAGAACCGAAAAGUUAAAACCGAAGAAAGUUCUGAAGUUCAGGCUUAAGAGCAACGUGACCAGUGAAGAUUCCAGUGUUCAUUACUUCGUCUAACCAGCUAGCUGAUGAUCCUUAAAUUUACUAAUAUCUUCGGUGUCAUUUUUCUUUUGUCAUUCUGACAGUGUUUGGGGAUGUCUUUGUAUUGCUGUGUACAAGCAUGCGUGAAUAGAAGGCCAACAGUAAUCUCAUUUUUGGUUGCAGUCAUUAUAAUUGUUAAAUGGAAAAUUGUUUCUUGGGGAAAUUGGGCAAGUCAUUGUAUUUCUAGGAACAUUGAAGUGUGGAUUGAUAGCUUCUGUGCUAAUGCCAUAAAUAUCGGGUGUUGGGGUUCUUGGAGAAAAAAGAAUCGUUGGUCCAAACAUGCCUUUUUUUUGUUGCAAAGAUAUUUUGCAGUGUGGGGCUAUUUUCGAAAUCUGUGGAACUUUAAUUAUUUUUGUUGAAGGUAAAGUAAAAGGUUAAAACAAUUUGGUAGAUGUUCAAUAUUUAUUAUAGAUUUGAUAUUGUUUCUUUAAGGACGAAUUAUUCUAUAUAACUUGCAAGUUACUCGAACAAAUGUCGACAGUAUUCACUUGUUCAGUAUUGGAGUUUGGUAUUGCCCUUAGUGAACCUUGCACCUCCAUACGAUAGAAGGUCGAGGGCGUGGUUAUAGAAUUGAUGUGAGAACUUGAAAGAUCCAUAACAAUAGUAGGCAAUCUGUUUGAUAACACUCUGGAGUUGUAGGGUUUGUUUCAGCUAAAUUAACCAUUGGUUUUUGAAAUAAUGCUCCUCAGUAUCAGCAACCCAACUAGUAAAAGUGAAGGGCCAAAAUAUAUUUUCAAUUUGUUUUCUUGAAUUGAUUCUUUUUUCAAAACUGUAUGGAGAGGGGUUAAUUUGAUUAGCCAUAGUUACAUUCAGCAAAUAUUGAAUUUUUUUUAAUAGACUGUGUACCACAGUUCUGCAUACAAGUAGACCGACUACUUUAUAACACAUGUUCAAAAAAGUGGUAGAAAUUGUGCUAAAGACAUUUAAACAUUUUUGCUUAAGUCCUUUCCUGCACUGACGAAUUACAUGUUGGCCAACUUGUCCUCAACCUUUUCUCUCAAACAUUUCCAGCAAAAUACAAGUUAACCUGACAAAAGUGAUGAAGCAAUUUUUGAAUAUUUCUGAAUAUUUUUGAACAUUCACACAUUCUGAAUUUCUAAAUUAUUAGUAGUCAGGCUGGAUUGAACUUUUCUUGGUUUUUAUGGGGAAAUCUGUCAGCGUUGUGACUUAGAAGAAGGCUGCAUUGUUGAGAAAAUAGGAAAGUGAUGUAAGACUUUUACAUUAAUAUAGCAUUUAAAAUUUCUGCAACAUAGAUGCAUCUCUUCAUUCAGUACUACAGUUUAAUGUUUUUAUUUGUUUAGAAUUUAUCCCUAUCGACAUUACAUAAGAAGAAAUAUUAUUGCAGAAAAUAAAUUGUGUUUUGAAAUAGUCUGUCAGUUUGUCUGGAGUAAUCUGACUUUUUGCAUUCCUGCAUAGUUAUUCUAUCCAGCUUUACCAAUCAGCCAGAGGCAGUUACCAACCCCACACACACAAACCUGCAUGCGCACGCCUUCAGAAACUGCUGGCAGAUGGUGCGUAACUAGAUUUUAUUGGCUGUCCGUUUUAGUACUAACUAUCUGAAGUUUUUUUUAAAAACAUCAAGUGAUCCACUUGCGUUGAACUCACAGGUUUCCCCAAAAAUUCCAUAUCAUGGCCCAGUUGGUUCUUAAAUUACUGUUACCUUUUGUCAUGCACAAGUGAUUGUGAGCAACUCUUUGACCCAGCUUACUGCAUAUAAACAAAUUCUGAUGUAAAUAGUUUUUAAUAAACCAUUGUUGUGACUGAAGAUUACUGUCGGACCAGGAUUCUGUUGGUAUAAUGUGUUGAUAAUUCUGUCACUGGAAUGAGUACACUGCUCAUCGUCUUAUUUUUAUCAUAAUUUUUAAGUUUUCUUUUCCCCAAGUAGUAGCUUUUAAUGUUGGUAUCUAUUUUAGAUGUGGAUGAACUGCAAUGUGGAUAAAUGUUUUGGUUAGUUACCUUACACGUGACCUGCUGGGAGUUGUGCUUUCUUGGCAAGUAUUUCCUGCAUGGGUGUGGAGUAAUAAUAAAUGCUUCCAUGCGAUUAAGUUUGCUAAUGAAAGUGUUUUGUCUAAACAGAAUACAGUAUAUGCAGCCAACUGUGUAUAACAAAGGAAUUGUGUGAAACACUGCAGCUUUAAUCACGAGGCAGCAAUGUAUGAAAACUGCUGUUAUGUAAUGUUUUGGUUUGAGUAGAAAUAAGUUUUGUAACAGUUUAUGUUCAAAUAAAGCUCCAGGUUUCUAAGA